UCCCCGCUCCGUCGUCGCGCGAUGGGUUUCGUCGGCACGCGCGCGUGGUGCGGCAAACCGAAGUGAACGCUCGCGCGAGAGGCUUGACUCGCGUCCGAAGCGGCGAUCUGCAUUUUCCGCGGGAGGAAAAACUGGAUCGGGAAGGGACCGAGCGAGCGACGGAACGAAGCAGAAAUCCGCACAAAAGCAUGGCUUGUCCCCUGGGAAACGGAUCGACCGACUCAAGUGAAACUGGCGCGUGUCUGAAGGAGAGACCAGGAUUGCUGUACAGCGAGUACCUUCGCCUCGACAAAAUUCUGUCGGCUCAGAGGCUGCUGAGCAGCGAGUACGACAAGACCGUGCACGACGAACACCUGUUCAUCAUCACGCACCAAGCUUACGAAUUGUGGUUCAAGCAGAUCAUAUACGAGCUGGACACGGUGCGCGCGUUGUUCAGCAAUGACGAGCAGCCGCACGGUAACCACGCGCAUCACGACUUCCACGAUCAUCGCUCGCACGACACCGAGGCGAUCGACGAGUCCAAGACCCUCGAGAUCCUCAAGCGCCUCAAUCGCAUCGUGCUGAUACUGAAGCUUCUCGUCGACCAAGUAUCGAUCCUUGAGACGAUGACUCCUUUGGAUUUUAUGGCAUUCCGCGAUUACCUGUGCCCAGCCUCGGGUUUCCAAUCGCUUCAGUUUCGUCUGCUGGAGAACAAACUGGGCGUGAAGCAAGAGCACCGAGUGAAGUACAGCCAGAGCUACACGCGUGUAUUCGGUCGCGAUCCCGAUGCCGUCGAGGAGAUCAGACGCAGCGAGGAGGAGCCGAGUUUGAGCCACUUGGUGCAAAAGUGGCUUGCGCGCACUCCUGGAUUGGAGGCGGACGAUUUUGACUUCUGGAGCAAGUAUCACAGAGCCGUGGACAAGAUGCUGGGUCAACAGCAGGAGGAAGCAGAGGCUCAGACAAAGGAGGAAUUUCGCAAACACCUGCUGAGCAACGUAGCGGCCCGUCAAGCGGUGUUCGACUCGAUAUUUAACGAAAAUCUGCAUAACGCGCUGGUCUCGCGAGGCGAACGCCGUUUUUCGCACAGCGCGCUUCAAGGCGCAAUCAUGAUAACGCUCUACAGGGACGAACCGCGGUUUAGUCAACCUCAUCAGAUACUCACUGCUCUCAUGGACAUUGAUUCUCUCAUUACAAAGUGGAGAUAUAAUCAUGUACUGAUGGUUCAACGGAUGAUCGGCUCACAACAGCUUGGCACCGGUGGCUCUUCGGGUUACCAAUACUUGAAAACUACUCUAAGCGAUCGUUACAAAGUCUUUGUCGACCUGUUCAACCUUUCCACGUACUUGGUUCCCCGCCAACUGAUCCCGCCGCUAACCAAACGCAUGAAGAUUAAGUUGUCGAUAGCUUGGGGUUGCUGGGGUCUUAGUGAGGAAGUCGUUAAUUUGGAAAACUCGUUAUCCGAGUCACUGAACUCUUCGUCGGAAAAAAAGAAAAAAGAAAAGUAUAAAAAAAGAAACGGAAGCGCCGACAAUGGGGAAUCGAACAAUGCCGACUGGAGUGAUGGAUCUUAUGACUUGAUGGAAUAGAAUGCAAGAUCUAUUGUAGACUAAUCAACUACCAAUCAACAUUUUGUGGGCAAAUUUUAUUAACAAGAUUUGGUUGCAACAUUACAAAGUUUAUACUUUAACAAAAAAACGUUAUAAAGUUUAUAUAAAAUGUACAAAAUUUUUUAGAAUUGGCUGAAUUCGUUUUACAUCUAAUUAAAUCGAAUCAUUGUUUACAAAUAAUAUAUACAAUUAAGUGUAAAACUUCAAGUUAAGUAAAUACUCCAACUAAGCAAUUGUUUCCGCUAACAUACAAGAGUAAGUAACAAGUUCAAUUCGUUUUGCGUAAUAAGGAUUUCAAAUAGCCCUGUAAACGGCGUAUAAAUGUCAAAUAUCACAAUUUCGCUGCUGUUUAUAAAUUUCAUUGUUUUUAAAAAUAGUUUUCAAUCUAAACUAAUACACGACGUCGAGCGAAGAAACUUGAUUCGCUAUUCCUGCAAAUGACAAAAUGUCCAUUAAAAGAUGAUGAAAUCUCAAAAGAUUUUUCAA